AUGUUUGCUACUGUUGGCGCGCGUACCCUUGCUGGCUCACGUACUGUCGCACGCACUGCUGCAAUUACACGUGCCUUUUCGACUUCGAUGUCUCGUAACGAAGUGAAGAAUGUUACUGUGUUCGGUGCUGGUCUGAUGGGUGCCGGCAUUGCUCAGGUUCUUGCGGACGUGGGCAAGUACAAUGUCACGCUCGCUGAUGUGACGGACAAGGCGCUUGCGAACGGCCAGGGCAUUAUUGCCAAGUCGCUGUCGCGUAUCGCGAAGAAGAAGAUGGCGGACAAGUCGCCUGAGGAACAGGAACAGUUUGUCAAGAGUGUGGUCGACUCGAUCCAUGUGACGACGGAUGCUGCCAAGGCUGUGGAGUCUACGGAUCUUGUGAUUGAGGCCAUCAUUGAAAACAUGAAAAUCAAGAAGGAGCUUUUUAGCUUCUUGGACUCCAAGGCGCCUGCAGGUGCCAUCUUUGCCAGCAACACCUCGUCGCUGAGCAUCUCGGAGGUGGCCAGUGCCACGAAGCGUGAGGACCGCUUCGGUGGUUUCCACGCCUUCAACCCUGUGCCGCAGAUGAAGCUGAUCGAGAUUGUGCGCACGUCGCAUACGAGUCCCGAGACGCACGAGACGCUGGUUGAGGUGGCCAAGCGCAUGGGCAAGGUGCCUGUGUCGUGCAAGGACUCGCCGGGCUUCAUUGUGAACCGUCUGCUCGUGCCCUACCAGCUCGAGGCCCUGCGUCUUGUCGAGCGUGGCGUGGCUUCGCCCGAGGACGUCGACACGGCCAUGAAGCUGGGUGCUGGCUACCCCAUGGGUCCGUUUGAGCUGGCCGAUCUGGUGGGUCUUGACACUAUGGAGCACAUCGCUCAGGGCUGGCGCGAGUCGGUCGCUGGCACGGAAGACAUGCCGGCUGACCUGGUCAAGGAGUCGCCUAUGCUCAAGCAGCUGAUCAGCGAGGGUAGGCUCGGUCGCAAGACGCCUGAGAAGGGUGGCUUUUACCAGUACAAGAAGUAG